GCAGGUUUGGACGCGCGGAGCCGCUACCGGGAAGCGUGAGGGGAGUCCGCGGGACCCUGGGUCCGGCUUCGGGGCCCACGAACCCGCAGAGGCACCAUGGGCCGGAUCACAGAAGACCUCAUUCGACGGAAUGCCGAGCACAACGAGUGUGUGAUUUUUUCCCUGGAGGAGCUCUCCUUGCAUCAGCAAGAAAUAGAAAGGCUGGAACACAUUGACAAAUGGUGCCGCGAUUUAAAGAUCCUCUACCUUCAAAACAAUCUCAUCGGGAAGAUCGAAAAUGUCAGCAAACUCAAGAAACUCGAAUAUUUGAAUUUAGCUUUAAACAACAUUGAAAAAAUUGAAAAUCUGGAAGGAUGUGAGGGGCUGACAAAACUUGACUUGACAGUGAAUUUCAUCGGGGAGCUGAGCAGCGUGGAGACCCUUCGGGGCAACGUCCACCUGCGGGAGCUCUUCCUCAUGGGGAACCCGUGCGCCGACUUCCACGGCUACCGGCCGUUCGUGGUGGCAACGCUCCGACAGUUAAAGUGGUUGGACGGGAAAGAAAUAGAACGUUCGGAAAGGAUCCAGGCAUUGCAGGAUUUCCCUGAAGUUGAGCGACAAAUCAGAGAGCAGGAGAAAGCCUACUGCCUCAAACGAGCCCGAGACAAGAGCGAGGCUCAGAGGAAACUUCGAGACGAGCAGGAGCACGGAGAGAAGGAAGGCCACCCAGGCUCGGACGGACGCCGGGACGCAGACGUCGCUGCGAAUCCCCCACCUUCUCUAGGGAGCAGAGACCAGCUCCAGGCACUGGAAGUACAGGAAGGGGAACCCAACAGAAAGAAAGUAGACGACGUGGAAGAUGACCUGGAGUUCUGGAAUAAGCCCUCUUUGUUUACUCCGGAGUCGAGAUUGGAAACUCUUAGACAUAUGGAAAAACAACGCAAAGACAAAGAAAAAUCAAGCGAAAAGAAGAAGAAAGUGAAACCACCCAGGAUGUUGAUCACUGCAGAUGGGAGAGCCCUGAACGUGAACGAGCCCAAACUUGACUUCUCUUUGAAAGAUGAUGAGAAACGCAACCAGAUCAUCCUGGACCUGGCUGUGUACAGGUACAUGGAUACCUCUCUGAUCAAUGUUGACGUGCAGCCAACUUACGUGCGAGUAACGGUCAAGGGAAAGCCGUUUCAGCUCGUCCUUCCGGCAGAGGUCAAACCUGACAGCAGCUCUGCUAAAAGGUCUCAGACGACAGGGCAUCUGGUCGUCUGCAUGCCCAAGGUGGGAGAAGUAAUCACAGGGGGCCCGCGGACGGCCACGCCUGCGCAGAGCACCGGGGCCGGCAGCAGAGAGCACACAGGCAGAAGUUGCUCUAGAAGCAGACAAACUGAGAAACUAGAGGUGGAUCCCAGCAAGCACUCGUUCCCCGACGUGGCUAACAUAGUCGGAGGGAAAGCACCCGCACCCAGAAGGGUCCAACCCGAACCCAAAGUCAUGCCAUGUGAGGAAGAUCCAGGCUUUGAAGAUGACCCGGAAGUGCCCCCGCUGAUCUGACACGUCAGGCUGCAUCGACUGGGACCCCUCCCAAGCCCAGCUCUGCUCAACGCAGAGGGUGUAUGCAUCUCGCUUAUGGGACACACAGAGUUGUUUAUCAGUAUCACCACCCCAGUGUUGUAGCUCCCACUUGCUACAAUAAUAUUCUUAAACUACUUUAAAAUGAAAAGUGUACCUUAAAUAUGCUAUAACCCACUAUUUGUCUAGAAUAAAGUGUUUGCUAGUGAAAA